UAAGCUCUUAUAAGGUCAUCCGAUUAUUUUAACAGAUAAAAAUACAAACGAACGAUUGAUCCAAAAAGAAAAGCCUAUUACCAAAAAAAUGAUUGAUAAAAGUCAAAUCCUGUGGCUAGCUUGAAGAGAGAGGGGAAAAAAAAAAUUUUUUUUUUUUCUUUUAAUGGCUUUGUGCGUCAUCUCUCUGGGCUCUCCAUGAGCUCCAAGUUUUUUAGUAUUUGAGCACUUCAAAAUUCGAUUACAGCCAUCUCUUUGGAUUUUACGAAGUGAUUGAGCUCAAACCCACAAAGCACUAACCACUCCCUGUGUUUGUCAAGCUGCAUCUCUGCGAAAAUCCAACCGAAGGAGAAUUAACAGAUUACUUCUUUGGGUGUUCUGAUCCAGCUUAAGGAACAAUGGCAGUGGGAGAGAUUUUUCUGGCAGCUUUCCUUCAGAUUCUGUUUGAAAGGUUGAUGUCUAGUGAGUUGCUGAACUUUGCAAGGCGUGAGGGCGUUCAAGAAAAGCUGAAGAAGUGGAGAACAAUGCUCUCGACCAUUCAAGCGGUGCUAUGUGAUGCGGAGGAGAAGCAACUGACAAGCAAGGCAGUGAAUCUCUGGCUGGAUGAUCUCAGAGAUUUGGCUUAUGAUGUGGAAGAUAUAUUGGACAAGUUUUCCACCGAACUGUUGCGGCGCAAGAUAGAGAAAUUACAUCAAGCUAGCACCAGUAAGGCAUGGUGUCUGAUCCCUCCUUGCUGUACUUGCUCAAGUUCAAGUGGAUUUGGAUGGUUCAUGUUUAAUCUUGAUUCAGAAAUUAAUGAAAUCACUGAGAGGCUGCAAGAUAUAUCUCGUAGGAAAAAUGAACUUGGUUUGAAUGAUAUUGGGAGAUCUGUGAUCGAAUGGAAAAGGCCGCCAAGCUCAAGUUUGCCUGAUGGUCCUGUCAUCGGAAGAGAUGAAGAUAAGAAGAAAAUGAUUGAAUUAUUGAUAAGAGAUGAGCAAAGUCUUGUCAAUUUUGAUGUGGCUUCCAUAGUUGGGAUGCCUGGAGUAGGAAAGACAACACUUGCUGGGUUGGUGUUCAAUGAUGAUGCGAUGAAACAUUUUGAUAUCAAAGUGUGGGUUUCUGUGUCGGAUGACUUCAAUUGUGUAAGGUUAACGAAGGCAAUUCUUAAAUCAAUCACAUUGAAAAAUGAGAAUUUUGAUGAGUUUAGUGAAUUUCAGGAUCUUUUGAGUGAAGUAUUGGCAGGUAAGAAGUUUUUGAUUGUUUUGGACGAUGUUUGGAAUACAAAUUAUGGUCUUUGGGCGACUUUGCAAUCCCCCUUUAGAGCUGCAGCACCAGGAAGUAAGAUAAUUGUGACAACAAGAGAUAUAAAUGUUGCAAAGUUAAUGGGAGCAGUUGAAUGCUAUAAUUUGGAAUGUGUGUCAGAUGAUGAUUGUUGGAAAGUUUUUGUGCAACAUGCAUUCUUGAAUAGAAAUAUUAGUGAACCACCAAAUUUGAGACUGCUAAGGGAGAAAAUUGUUUCAAAAUGCAAUGGCUUGCCUUUGGCAGCAGGGACUUUGGGUGGCCUUCUCCGUUGCAAAGAAAUAGAUGAGUGGGAAGACAUAUUGAACUGCAAAUUAUGGACCCAAUUAGAUCAGAGCAACAUUCUCCCAUUGUUAAGAUUGAGCUACCACUACCUCCCUUCACAUUUGAAAAGGUGUUUUGCCUACUGCUCAAUACUACCAAAGGACUAUGAAUUUGAGGAGAAACAGUUGAUUCUCUUAUGGAUGGCAGAAGGUUUAAUUCAGCAACUGGAAGGGAGUAAACAAAUGGAAGACUUGGGUAGCGAGUACUUCAAUGAACUAUUGUCUAGGUCAUUCUUUCAGAAAUCAAGAAAGGACAAAACGAGGUAUGUGAUGCAUGACCUCAUGAAUGAUUUGGCACAGUGGGUUGCAGGAGAAAUAGGAUUUCGGUUGGAAGAUAAGUUGGACAGUAACAAUGGAUGCUGGAUUUUCCCAAAAGCUCGACAUUCAUCUUAUAUUAGUGCCAAGUUUGAUGGAAUCCAAAGACUCGGGGCCUUCUCCAAAGUUAAGUAUUUGCGGACUUUCCUACCACUUACAGAACCACAUGGUGAGGAGAAAUACAUAACUAGCAGUUUUACUCUUGAUAUAUUGCCGAAGUUCCAGUAUCUACGGGUGCUUUCUCUUAAUAGCUACAACAUAAGCAAGCUACCAGAUUCAAUUGGUGAACUAAAGCAUCUUCGAUAUCUUGACCUUUCUUAUACAAAUAUAUCAAGUUUGCCACAAUCAAUAAUUACUCUUUACAACUUACAGACAUUGUUAUAA